AUGCGUCAACCUCUUGGUUUUGAAGAUGUUGAACAUCCAGAGUUUGUGUGUCGUCUUCAUAAAUCUCUUUAUGGAUUAAAGCAGGCUCCCCGUGCGUGGAAUGCCAAGUUCAAUGGCUACUUACCAGCCUUGGGGUUUUGUCCCUCUCAUUCUGAUCCAAGCUUAUUUGUCAAGAAAGACGGUGCUGAUGUUGUGAUUCUGUUAUUAUAUGUUGAUGAUAUCAUCAUCACAGGUUCGAGUCCUUCCUUAAUUCAAUUGGUUAUAGAUUAUUCGAGCACUGUGUUUGAUAUGAAAGAUAUGGGCACUCUUACUUACUUCUUGGGAUUACAGAUUACCUAUGGCUCUAAUGGGGAUUUAUUUGUUCAUCAAACAAAGUAUUGCAAGGAUCUGCUUAAGAGGGCUAGGAUUGAGGCUUGUAAACCCUCAGUGACUCCAUGUAAACCUCAUUCGUCUGUUUUAAGGAAUAAAGGCUCCUUGCUUACAGAUCCUACUCAGUUUCACAGCAUAGUUGGAGCUCUACAAUAUCUUACUUUUACGCGUCCAGAUAUUUCAUUUGCAGUAAAUAGUGUGUGUCAAUUCAUGCAAGCUUCGACUGAUGUUCAUAUGGGAUUGGUAAAAAGUAUUCUUCGAUAUUUACAUGGCACUCUUGAGUAUGGUUUGACUUUUACCACAGGAUCUACUUCUUUAACUAGCUACUGUGACACAGAUUGGGCAGGAGACCUUAAUUCUUGUCGAUCUACUACAGGAUAUGUGGUGUUUCUUGGAAAUAAUCCUAUUUCUUGGUCUUCUUGUAAGCAAUUAUCAGUUUCUCGAAGUUCCACUGAAGCAGAAUACCGUGCAUUAGCUAAUUGUGCAACUGAUAUUGCUUGGACUCGCCAUAUUCUUCAAGACUUGCAUGUCUUUAUUCCUGAGGCCACUACACUCUAUAGUGACAACCUAUCUGCUCUUGCCUUGAGUAGUAAUCCUGUUUUCCAUUCACUAAUCAAGCAUUUAGAGCUUGAUUUUCACUACAUCAGAGAGCGAAUUCAACGCAGAGAUCUUGUAGUUAAGUAUGUUCAGACUGAAGAACAAAUUGCAGACAUUUUUACCAAAGGUCUUCACAGUCCCUUGUUUGUCAAACACUGUCACGAUCUCAGCCUUGGCUUAAGCCCAGCUGCGAUUGAGGGGGGCUAA